UCGCGGAUUCAGAUGGCGUCAUGCUAAUAUGACUAAAUGAGAAUCUGGGGAUUAAGUUUAAGUGGGAAGGCUGUUAUUGUUCCUAAUGGGGAUAAAGUACUUGCCGCUCUCCGUAGCAUCAACAGCUCUCAGCUUUGUGGGACUUCAAGUCUGGACAGAGUUGUCUCUCGAUAGACUUCGAGCAGAUGGGCUGAUUGCCAAGAACAUUUCUUUAGGAGACUCCGAGCAUGCGCUUGAGCUGCUUCUCGGCUCUUAUUUUACUAUUGCGCUGCUUACAAAUUUUGUGCUCAAUGUGUACAUUCUUCUGGUACUUUCUCUCAAGACUCUAUUUUUUGGAGAUUUAUAUGACGUUGAAACUAAAAAGUUGGUGGAGCGACUUGCCAAUUAUAUCAUAUACAAGGGUACGUUUCUACCACUGGUGAUUCCCCCAACAAUAUUUCAGGGUGUACUGUGGACAGUUUGGUUGACUGUUCUAUGUACUUUAAAGAUGUUUCAAGCUUUGGCUAGAGACCGGCUUGAACGAUUGAAUGCAUCUCCUUCUUCUACACCUUGGACAUACUUUCGUGUGUAUUCAGUGCUGUUCUUGGUCCUCUCUGUUGAUAUGUUCUGGAUAAAACUUUCCCUUAUGACAUACAAUACAAUUGGUUCCUCUGUGUAUCUGUUGUUACUUUUUGAGCCAUGCAGUAUAGCUUUUGAGACCUUGCAGGCGCUGUUAAUUCAUGGGUUUCAGCUGCUAGAUAUGUGGAUUAACCACUUAGCAGUUAAGAACUCAGACUGCCAAAGAUCUAAGUUUAUCGAUUCCAUGACAGCAGGCGCACUGUUGGAAUGGAAGGGCCUCCUCAACCGUAAUCUUGGUUUCUUCCUGGACAUGGCUACUUUGGUAAUGGCACUAGGUCAUUAUUUGCACAUUUGGUGGCUGCAUGGCAUUGCCUUUCAUCUGGUGGAUGCAGUUUUGUUUCUCAACAUACGUGCAUUGCUAAGUGCAAUUUUGAAACGAAUAAAAGGAUACAUUAAACUAAGAAUAGCUCUGGGGGCUCUCCAUGCAGCCCUCCCCGAUGCAACUUCUGAAGAGUUAAGGGCAUAUGAUGAUGAAUGUGCUAUAUGUCGGGAACCUAUGGCUAAGGCUAAAAGGCUUCACUGCAACCACCUUUUCCAUCUUGGAUGCCUGCGAUCCUGGUUGGAUCAAGGUCUAAAUGAGGUUUAUUCUUGUCCUACAUGUCGUAAGCCUCUUUUUGUUGGUAGAACUGAAAGUGAGGUGAACCCUCGCACAGUGGAAGUCUCAAGCGAUGAGCAGUUAGCCCGUCAACUUGAAAGACAAAACAGUCCUGUAAAUGCACUAGCCACUGGAUUAUUUCCUGCCGAGGUGCCAAAUUCCGUCGAAAAUGAUACUUCGAGGAAUUUAGGAUUGGAUCCAAGCUGGCUGCAGACAUGGUCAGGUCAGGGUUCUGAUGUUGCUGGUCCCUCUACCGCUUCCAGGUCAGUUGGACUGGGGCGAGUUCAGAUGAUGAUGAGGCAUCUUGCAUCUGUUGGCGAAAGCUAUGCUCAAACUGCACUUGACGAUGCUGCUUGGAGUCUAUGGCCGAUGAACCCUUCACAAGCAUCCACUUCUUCUACAACUGUACCUCCUGGUACUGGUGGAAGGACAGGUGGUCUGCAUCUGAGAACUGUAUCAAGCACGACAAAUGAAAGCUUGGCAAAUAUACUAGCUAUGGCCGAGACUGUCAGGGAAGUCAUGCCACACGUGCCCGAUGAAAUUAUUUUCCAGGACCUGCAGAGAACAAACUCUGUUGCUGUUACAGUGAACAAUCUUCUCCAGAUGUGAUGAUAGUUUGUGUAAAAUAUACUAAGCACUUCCAU